AUGAAUAAAACCAAUGCUUAUCAAGAAAUCACGAGUGGUAUUUGUACAUUAUCCGAUAAUUUACAUUUAGUAAUAUUAUUACUUGAUCAUUUACUCGAACGGAAUGAAAUUACCAAUGAACAGUAUAAACAAAUGUAUCCUAAUUUAAAAACAUUAGAAUUAGCUGAUAUUUAUUUCAAUCUUAAAGUUCAUAAGCCUGAAAUACCAGUUCGACCUAUUGUUGCUUCAAUCAAUGCACCAGCAAGACAAAUAUUAAAAAAAGGUUAUCUCACUUCAAGAACAUUAUUUGUUACAUUUGACGUGGCCGAUUUAUAUACAAUAAUACCACGAGAUGGUGAUAUUGCUGCUUUAAGACGGUUCUGUCAAGAAUAUUCUGUCAAUGGCAAAAUUGGAAACCUCAAAAUAGAUACUAUCAUUAAAUUAGCCUCUGUUGUUUUAGAUACGAAUACAUUUGCUUACAAAAAUAAAUAUUAUCGACAAAUUAAAGGCGGUGCUAUGAGUUCACCAUUUACUAUGGUUCUCAUCAACACAUAUAUAUUAGAAUGGGAACAAAAAUGA